AUGGCGACCGGCGUGGACGCGAAGCUCCUCAAGAGCACCAAAUUCCCGCCCGAGUUCAACCAGAAGGUAGACAUGCAAAAGGUUAACGUCCAGGUCAUGAAGAAAUGGAUCGCCAACCGAGUCACAGAAAUCCUGGGGAGCGAAGACGACGUCGUCAUCGAGCUCGUCUUUGACCUGGUCGAGGGCGUUCGCCAUCCCGACAUCAAAGCGAUGCAGAUCCAACUGACUGGCUUCCUCGACAAGGACACGCCGGCGUUUUGCAAGGAGCUCUGGAAGCUCUUGCUGAGCGGGCAGGCCAGCCCGCAGGGCGUGCCCAAGGAGUUGCUGGAGGCGAAGAAGCUCGAGCUAAUGCAGGAGAAGAUCGAGGCGGACAAGGCUGCCGAGGAAGCCCGCCAGCGACGAGAAGAAUUCGAGCGCCGCGACCGUGGUAGAGGCGGUCGAGGUGGGGGAGGGCCCGGCCGGGGUGAUACAUGGCGUGGAUUUCGAGAUGAUAGGGAUCGUGGCGGAUUCGGACGCGGGCGGUCCCGCUCGCCGCCCCGUUUUCGCGACCGCGGCGAGCGUGGUGGAGGACGUGGAGGGCCCCGCGGCGGCGGUGGGGGAUGGCAACGCGAUAUCUACGUCCCCCGGGGAAGCCCGCCCAGACGUGGCAGCCCACCCAGGCGGGGCGGUGGGUGGCGCGAUGACAGGCGUCGCCGGUCUCGGUCCCGCUCCCGCACCCGGUCGGUGUCGAUUCGGUCGACCUCGUCCCGGUCGCUCUCACGCAGCCCCAGCGUGGAAGGAGGCAGACGAUCCAUCACCCGGUCACCCAGCCCACCCCCGCGGCGGCGACGCGCACGGUCUCGGUCCCGCACCCCGGUCUUUCGGCGGGACGCACCCAAGCGGCGCCGCUCUCCGCGCGGCCGGACCCGCUCCGUGUCGUCAGACCGUGACUCGCCGUCGCCUAAACGUCGACGCUACUCCCGGUCGAGGAGCCGCAGCCGCGGUCGGAGCCCCAGCCGGAGCCUGAGCCGGAGCCCGUCCCGAACACCAGUGCGGCGCUACAGCCGGUCGGCGUCGACAUCCUCCUCCCGGUACUCGCGGUCCCCCAGCCGCACUCCCCCCAGGCGGACGAGACGCGACAGCCGGAGCGGGUCCCGCGGCGGCGCCGACACGCGUCGGAGCAGAGCCCGAUCCUGGAGCGGGAGCCGCGGCGACGCCAGUCCCGCCAGUUCCUACGAUAGCCGGCGUCGCUCGCCCGACCGCCGGUCUCGUGAGCGAGGGAGCAGCCCCCGUCGGCGCGCUGCCGGAGGAGGAGAAGGCAGCGGCGACAGCCCGGGGAGGGGGAGGGGCGGGCACAGGGCCCGGAGAGCCUCUUCUGCAUCUUCAUACUCCUCUACACGGAACAGAUCGGCUGAUGGUUCAGGCGCUGAGAACAGACCACGAUCUUCCCGUGACGACCCGGCGGCGUCGAGUGCGAUACAGGACACAAAAGCAGCCAGCGAACUCCGCGAGAGAGAGCUCAAGGAGAAAAUCAAGAAGAUGAGAUCCUCGAAGAGCGGAGACGAUCACGUUGAGGCUAACGCUGCUUGA